UGUGAGCCGCCUGCGGAGAACGCAGAUGUGGGCCGACGCAAACGCCAAUACUGCCAGAUCUCUUUAUCCUCUGGGCUGGGAAUUGAUGCCAACAUCCUACCCUCUCCCUCUUUUCCCCCCUCUCUGCCCGCUGCCAGCAUUCAGCAAUCCCAUAAACAGCGUACACGCAUUCAUCCCGUCCACAUUGUACAAAUUAUCACUGUUCACACUACUGCCAUCACAUUCCAAUGGCACGUCACGUCACUCCCACUACAAACAACAGUCUGUCUCUCACAUGCAACGGUUCCGGUCGGAAGUCAACCACGGCACACCGGACGGAAGAGGCGGCACGCAGACGGGAGACAGCGGCCGUCUGACACGGGCUCGCGGCCGAACGGCAGAGAACAUGUGGGGUGACUCGGUAUCUGGAGUCUUGGCAUUGUUGGCGCAGUGCGGGGGGCGGGGAUGCCUUCGGUGCAUAAUCGUCCGCGGCGAGCAUCGCGAUACGAUGUUGAAGUGAGAACAACUUGCCAUGGCAUGGUGCCUUCACAUUACGCGUUGGACUCUUGCGACAGUCAGCAUUAUGCUGCCGCCUUUCCGUUUCCGCAUUUCCCCUCUUUCCCUCUCAUUCACAUUCCUAACCCCCAGCCUGCAAGAACUCCUCAUACCCAUCCGACAACUGCAUUGCGCAGUCACUUGACCCAACGAAAACAAGCGGCCGUAUCUAGAACAACAAAACCGAUCAGGAGAACGCAAUAGCUAUAGGUAGGUCAAGUCAGGCCAGCGGUCGGCGGCAAGGGUACGAAUACGGCGUUUAAACCGCUCCCUAUCAGGCGCAGCCCCCACGGCAGUUUCAGA